AUGUCUACCUAUCCAACUAUGACUGAUGAGGCAAAAGAGAGCUCAGAGAAGAGCUACUACAGAUCCAAUCCAACUGACACUGAAAGUGUUGAAGAAGAAAAGUCUAUUGGUGUUCAUAAAGCUGAAAUUUUGGCAAAUCAAUGGAAGCAUACAUUCUGGUACAAGGUAAUCUUGGGGUUUUCUGCCUUCCUUUGUGGUUACGCUUACGGCCUCGAUCUGCAAAUAAGAUACAUCUUCACUGCCUAUGCGACCCUGGCGUUCUCAGAACAUCUGUUGUUGACUACUGUUAAUGCCAUCAUUGGUGUGGUAGCUGCUGCAAGUCAACCGGUAUAUGCAAGAUUAUCGGAUGUUUUUGGUCGUUUGGAGUUAUUUAUCGUUGCUGUUUUGUUCUAUGUUGUUGGUACCAUUAUUGAAGGUCAAUCUCCCAAUAUUAACACUUAUGUUGCAGGUGCCGUCCUAUUUCAAGUCGGAUACAGCGGGAUAAUUAUAAUGGUUGUCUUUAUCAUGUCAGACUUCUCCAGUUUACGUUGGAGGUUAUUCUUCACUUUAUGUCCUGCAUUCCCAUUUAUUAUUAAUACUUGGAUUAGUGGGAAUGUUACUGCUGCUGUUGGAACAAACUGGAAAUGGGGGAUUUCUAUGUGGAGUUUCAUUUUCCCAUUGGCCUGUAUCCCACUUGUUUGUUGUUUACUCCAUAUGCGUUAUCUUGCUGGUAAGACUGAAGAAUGGAAGGUUUUUAAACAAAGAAAGACUAAAUUUCAAGAAUUGGGACCCGUUGGAUUUGCAAAGUUUUUGUUCUGGAGAUUGGAUGUCAUUGGGUUGAUCCUUUUAGUUGCCGCUUUGGGUUGUCUUUUAGUUCCUAUCACACUUGCUGGUGGUAUCAGUUCCAGUUGGAAAAAGGCCCACAUUAUUGUCCCAGUUGUCAUUGGAGGUGCUUUGUUCCCUGUUUUUGGUCUCUGGGAAGUUUAUGGUGCAAAAGAGCCAAUUAUUCCACUAUACUUGAUGAAAGACCGUGGUAUUUGGGCACCUGCUGUCAUCUCCUUCUUGUUUGACUUUGUCUAUGCUGUCGAAUCUAAUUUCUUGUAUACUGUCUUGAUGGUUGCAGUCAAUGAAUCACAAGCCUCAGCUACCAGAAUCUCGAGUAUCUCAUCAUUUGUCUCUGUUAUUGUCGGUUUCUUCUUUGGUUUGUUUGUUGUCUACUUUAGACGCUUAAAAGGCUUUGCAAUCUUUGGAUGUGUCUUGUGGUUGGUUGGUUUUGGUAUUCUUUACCAUUUUAGAAGCCAAUUGCACGCUCAUUCGGGUAUCAUUGGCGGGAUGGUUGUAAUUGGUUUUGGUACUGGGCUCUUAACUUAUCCUAUCAAUGUGCUUGCUCAAAGUUGUGUGAAACAUGAAUAUCUUGCAAUCGUUACUUCAGCCAUGUACACCUUGUACCGUGUCGGGUGGAGUGUUGGAAGUGCUGUUGCUAGUGCCGUGUGGUCAAGCAAGCUUUAUAAACGAUUGGUACAUUACUUGGGUGACGAAACUUUAGCUGCCAGUAUAUAUGGGGACCCAUAUACUUUCAUUGCUGAAUAUGCUUGGGGAUCUCCAGAAAGAGAAGCAGCUGUACUUGCUUAUGCUGAUGUCCAGCGUAUUUUGAUGACUGUGUGUAUGUGCUUUGUUGCUCCAAUGAUCAUUGUUGGGUUCUUCAUGAGGGAUCCUAAAUUAACAAAUGAACAAUCUUUAGAUGAAAAAGAAAGACAAGAACAAAAGGAUUCUAUCAGCGGUUUCUUUCAAGGACUCCGUAAAAACAAGAGUGAAGUCUAG